GCAACUUCACGAACAGCUGUGUGUUUGCCAAAAGACCGCCAAAUCAGCGUUGGACGCCGCAAAAGCGCGCUCGCUUAUUGUUUAUGCCCACACCAAUCAUUGACGACGUUCCAGCUGCCAAGAAAAUGAAAAUGGUUGCUCAGCCUAUUUUGCGCUUUGCGAAGCUCACCGAGUUUGCAAUGGAACCGUUGCGUGGCUCUGCCAAGGCUGCAGGAGUGGAUCUGCGCAGUGCCUACGAUUUGGUUGUGCCGGCCCGCGGCAAAGCGAUUGUAAAGACUGAUCUGCAGGUGCAAGUGCCAGAGGGAUCAUACGGACGCGUGGCCCCACGUUCCGGCCUGGCGGUGAAGAACUUCAUUGAUGUUGGCGCCGGUGUGGUGGACGAAGACUAUCGCGGCAACCUGGGCGUCGUCCUCUUCAAUCACUCAGACACCGACUUUGAGGUGAAGCGUGGCGACCGCAUUGCUCAAUUCAUUUGUGAGCGCAUCUUCUACCCGGAACUGGAGAUGGUGGACAAGCUGGAAGACACUGAACGUGGCGAGGCCGGUUUUGGUUCAACCGGCGUCAAGGAAUUGCCCGCUGCCAAGCAGCAGAAUGGCAAUGGUACUGCAGCCCCACCUGCUGCCAGCGAGCCUACUCCAAUUGCCACAUAGGGGAGUGAUACGCUUAAAAUUGCGAUGAUAUGUUAUCUUUUAAGUCCAAAGAACACUUAUUUCAUAAAAAGAGGUCAUUUGUUGGCCAAGGUAUUCUCAUCAAUUCCAUAAAUAAAUGUAUAAAUAGUUAUGUCAAAUAA